CAAGCCCGGCUCGGGCACAACGGAGCGGUGCUGCGGCAGCACUUCCUGCGCGCGCUCCCCGCACGGCGCCCGCGCCCCGCGCAGCCGCUCGCGCCCGCCCCCCCGCGGGACCUGCCCGUGCCGCGGGCGCCGCCCUGCGCGCGGGGUCCUGCGCGGCCGCGGAUGGCUCCUGCCGAGAAAGUUGGUGCCGGUGCCGCGGUGCGGUGAGGGGCAGCCGCCAGGCGCGCUCCGGCGGUCCCCCGCGCCCCGACAGAAGUUGACGCGCCCGGCGGGGCGAUGGCAGGCAACGGCCGCACCGCCCUCGACGCUGCUCGCCGGGGCGACGAGGAGCCCGAGGCAGCGUCGCUGGAAGCUCCGGGAGCGGGCAGGCGGCGGGAGCGCCGCAGCGGCGUCGCGGCCGUCGGAGCCGCCGAGCGCUUCCCCGGCGGCGGCUCCGGGGCGGCGGCCGACGCCGAGGCCGGUCUCCUGGAGGCUGCCCGCGCCGCCCCGCGCAGGAGCAGCAUCAUCAAGGAUCCUUCAAACCAAAAAUGUGGAAGAAAGAAAACCGUGUCCUUCAGCAGCAUGCCAUCAGAGAAGAAAAUAAGCAGUGCUAGUGACUGUAUCAGCUUUAUGCAGGCUGGGUGUGAACUGAAGAAAGUUCGUCCAAAUUCCCGGAUUUAUAACCGUUUUUUUACUCUGGAUCCUGACCUGCAGGCUCUUCGCUGGGAGCCUUCCAAGAAGGACCUUGACAAAGCUAAACUUGAUAUUUCUGCUAUAAAAGAAAUCAGACUAGGGAAGAACACAGAAACAUUCAGGAACAAUGGGCUUGCGGACCAGAUUUCUGAGGACUGUGCACUCUCGGUAAUUCAUGGUGAGAACUACGAGUCCCUUGACCUGGUUGCCAAUUCAGCUGAUGUGGCCAAUAUUUGGGUAUCGGGAUUAAGGUACUUGGUUUCUCGUAGCAAACAACCUCUGGAUUUGAUAGAAGGCAGCCAUAAUACCCCACGAUUCGCAUGGCUAAAAACUGUAUUUGAAGCAGCAGAUGUUGAUGGUAAUGGCAUAAUGUUAGAAGAUACGUCUGUGGAGCUAAUAAAAAAGCUUAACCCCACCUUAAAGGAAUCAAAGAUUAGAUUAAAAUUUAAGGAAAUUCAGAAGAGCAAAGAGAAACUGACAACACGAGUAACAAAAGAGGAAUUUUGUGAAGCUUUCAGCGAACUUUGCACAAGACCUGAAGUUUAUUUCUUACUCGUGCAGAUAUCUAAAAACAAGGAGUAUCUAGAUGCCAAUGACCUCAUGCUGUUUUUAGAGGCUGAGCAAGGAGUGACCCAUAUAACAGAGGAAAUAUGUCUAGAUAUUAUACGCAGGUAUGAACUUUCUCAAGAAGGGCGGUUGAAAGGAUUUCUUGCAAUUGAUGGAUUUACUCAGUAUUUGUUGUCCCCAGAAUGUGAUAUUUUUGACCCAGAACACAAAAAAGUUGUCCAAGACAUGACACAGCCUUUGUCUCAUUACUACAUCAAUGCAUCCCACAAUACAUAUCUAAUAGAAGACCAGCUCAGAGGACCAUCUGAUAUCAAUGGCUACGUCAGAGCUUUGAAGAUGAACUGCCGGAGUAUUGAACUAGAUGUCUGCGACGGCCCAGAUAACGAGCCCAUAAUUUGUAACCGUAACAACAUGACAUCGCCACUUGCCUUUCGAAAUGUUAUUGAGGUAAUAAAUAAAUUAGCCUUCUUUGCUUCAGAGUAUCCCCUUAUUCUCUGCGUGGGGAACCACUGCUCGGUACAACAGCAGAAAGUAAUGGUUCAACACAUGAAGAGGAUCUUUGGAAACAAACUCUACACAGAAGCACCUUUAGCCUCAGAAGCCUACCUCCCGUCACCUGAGAAACUGAAAAUGAAGAUCAUCGUGAAGGGGAAGAAGCUGCCCUGUGAUCAGGAUAUAUUAGAAGGAGAAGUCACAGAUGAAGAUGAAGAGUCUGAAAUAUCCCGGAGACUGUCAGAGGACUUUUCAAGGGAGCCGAAGCUGAUCUGGCUCUGCAGAGAAUUGUCUGACUUGGUGUCCUUGUGCAAAUCUGUUCGGUACAAAGACUUUGAGACGUCUAUGAAAAGUCAAAAUUACUGGGAAAUCUGUUCCUUCAGCGAGGCGGAAGCCAACCGGAUUGCAAACGAAUACCCUGAGGAUUUUGUCAACUACAACAAAAAAUUUUUGUCCAGGGUGUACCCGAGUGCUAUGAGGAUAGACUCCAGUAACCUAAAUCCUCAAGAUUUCUGGAACUGCGGUUGCCAGAUAGUGGCAAUGAACUAUCAGACUCCUGGGCCCAUGAUGGACCUGCACACUGGCUGGUUUCUGCAGAACGGGGGAUGCGGGUACGUCCUCAGGCCUUCUGUGAUGCGUGAUGAAGUCUCCUACUUCAGCGCCAAUACAAAGGGCAUCGUCCCGGGCGUCUCUCCGCAAGUCCUGCACGUCAAAAUAAUCAGCGGGCAGAACUUCCCAAAGCCCAAGGGUGCAUGUGCAAAGGGGGAUGUUAUAGACCCCUACGUUUGCAUAGAAAUCCAUGGGAUUCCCGCGGAUUGCACAGAGCAGAGAACUAAAACUGUUCAGCAAAACAGUGAUAACCCCAUUUUUGAUGAAAGCUUUGAGUUCCAGAUCAACCUACCGGAGCUAGCCAUGAUCCGCUUUGUUGUUUUGGAUGACGACUACAUUGGGGAUGAGUUCAUAGGCCAGUAUACCAUCCCGCUGGAGUGCUUACAGCCCGGAUACAGGCAUAUACCGCUGCGGUCCUUUGUGGGAGAUAUCAUGGAGCACGUUACGCUGUUUGUUCACAUUGCAAUAACCAAUCGAAGUGGCGGAGGGAAGGCCCAAAAGCGCAGCCUCUCGGCGAGAAUAGGAAAGAAAGCGAGGGAGUACACCAUGCUGAGGAACACCGGCCUCAAGACCAUUGACGACAUCUUCAAGCUGGCGGUGCAUCCGCUACGAGAGGCCACUGACAUGAGAGAAAAUAUGCAGAACGCAAUGGUGUCGGUGAAGGAGCUGUGCGGGCUCCCUCCCAUCGCCAGCCUGAAGCAGUGCAUCCUGACCCUGUCCUCGCGGCUCGUGAGCGCCGACAACUCGCCCUCGGUCACUCUCUGCAUGAAGGACGCCUUUCCCUACCUGGAGCCUCUGGGCACCGUGCCCGACGUGCAGAAGAAGGUCCUGGCAGCGUAUGACCUGAUGAUCCAAGAGAGCAAGAUUCUUAUCGAAACGGCAGACAUCACUCACGACAAGAUUGUGCAGUGUCAGAAAGCAGGAAUGGAGUUCCACGAAGAGCUUCAUAACCUCGGGACAAAGGAAGGCUUGAAAGGAAGAAAAUUAAGCAAAGCGAUUGAAAGUUUUGCGUGGAAUAUCACAGUGCUGAAGGGACAAGGAGACCUCUUGAAGAAUGCCAAGAAUGAGGCCCUGGAGAACAUGAAGCAGAUCCAGCUGGCAUGCUUGUCAUGCGGACUUAGCAGAGCUGGAAGCGGGCACGCAGAUGCAAAGGCGAAGCGGUGCCUGGAGGCAAUACAGGAGAAGGACACUGGGGAUGAGAACGGGAGGCUGUGAGAGAAGACAGAGCUGUCAUAUUUGUCAUAGAUUUCAAUAACUCUAAACUAUUUUUUUAAAGCAUUUAAAAAUUCACACAGGAAUGCCCUCUGCAGGGUGUUGAUAGUAUUAAAAUUCUCACAAUGUCAGUAUUUUAAUGCAGCUAAUUUAUCUAAGUUAAACUCUCUGUUAGUGAGAUUUCUAAUGAAGCCAAGCUGUCUGUAUGCGAGUGCGUGUGUGUGUAUGCACAUGCAAAUCCUGUAGAAGCCCUUUCAAGCAUUACAUUAGCCAUUUGCUAAUUUAUUCCUUUGUCAUCUUUGAAGAGGCCUGUUCAUUUUGAAGAUCAAAACAAAUAGAGAAUGCUUGUAUCAGUUUUGUGCUUUAUUUUAUUCUCCAGCUUUUAUCAUUUAACUUAUAGGUUACAUUACUGUUAUGCUGUUUAAGCAAGCAAACAAAAUCCAACAACAAACAUCACCAACAACUGUUUUUGUGAGGGCAAAAACAGUGGUUUGCUGCAGAUUCUGAACAUGGUUUUUAAUGAACAAUUAAAACUAACUAAGUGAGAUAUUAAGUGGUCAGAAUUUUUGGAUAGAUUAUGAUUAGAUUUCAGAUGUACAUUUCACUGAAUUUUAGCAAACUACUCUUUGGAAUACAUCCAGAUAAUAUGUACUAAUAUAAGAACUAGCUAAUUUAUUUCAUUGCAGAAAACCAUUGCUACAUUGUAGAUCUGCAGGACAGCUACCGUCUUUGCUGAUAGGCAUUUAACUUGUGCAGUAAUGAGUGUAGCUAGUCAGCCCUUUAGUUAUGAUGAGAGCUGUGAAUAUUCUUCAGUGAUCGUCAACUCAGAAGGUGAGCUUCAGGUGAACCUGAAACACCCAGCGGGGCCAGUAUUUGAAGGAAGGUUUUAUAGAUUCCACAAACUGUGCGCUUUGUUGGAAGGUUGGUAAGAGGUCAGAUCUUGCUUGUCUUGCACAGAUAUUAGUGAUCCUGUUGAAGUCAGUUGGAUAAAGUAAGCAGGAUCUGGCCGCCUUUCGUUGUAGUUGAGAACCGUGCUGGGCUAGAAAUUCAAAGCAAGGCUGCAGAACUGCUAAAGGUAUAGUGUAGCGAAAUAGAUUGGAAAAAAACAGGGUACCAGCGUUUUUGUGCAGCAGUUAUACAUGUCUUGACACACAUCAAAUGUUUAGGGUAAUUUUGAGAAUUGGAUGCCUUUUUUGUGCUGCUGUAGAAAGGAGACCAAGAACGUCUCAAAGCAAUGCAUCCUUGUCCAUCCCAGUGUCCAGCUCGUGUGUGUUCACAAUGUUCAUUUCAAUCUUUUAAGUACUGUGCUUGAGUGUAGUAUUUGUGUUACCUUUAACAGGACUAAGUGUUUUAUGUUUAUAAAAAGACUAUAUUUAUUUAAAGCAUUGCUUUUAUUUUGAAAAGCUACUUUUUAAAUUAAUUUGAUUAACAAAUAUGCUAAUUUUCUGAACUUAACAAAAAGUAAUUGCUGAAAGUUUGACCAUUGGAGAAUCUUAUAUAGCUACUGUGUUAAGUUAUUUUUGACUUCUUAAUAACACUAUUAUGUUCAUGUUGCACAUUACUGAGAGAGUAAAGCUAUGAAACAACUUUGA